CUGCAAGAAUGCUCUGGGCCGACGCGGCCUGCAUCAAUCAAGCGGAUGAAAAUGAAAAAGCCAUCAAAUCUCCCUUCUUAGUCUUGACUUGGCAUGAAGUAAUAUGUAACUUUAUCACCUGGCAGCGGAACCGAUUCAAAGGAGUCGAAAACCGAGUUUUGCGAACAACAAAUUUGCUCCCUUCAAUAAAAGACGAAGAGGGCCUUUCCCAAGCGCAUCUCCGAGAUAGUGAAAACACUUUCUAAAGAGACUGGACACUCAAAAAUAGAUGCUAUGACCGCGGCAGGGUUCGAACCUG